UGCAGUUCUGUAGACAGGACCUGUCCCCGCCUCCCCUGAGCGUCUCCCUAGCGCCCCUCCCCUGGGCCCCUCCCAGGGCGAGUGUCCCAGGAGCAAGGACUAGGACCCAGUGGCUGGAGCAGAACGGGAGGUGGCCGGGACUCCUGCGCAGACGGCUGGGCCAGUGAGAAGCACGGAGCAACGGGGAGAAUGCAUGCAUGCAGGGACGCCUUAAGAAAAAGCUCCGGGAGCCUUGCUCUGCCGCUUAUCAUUGGCAUUUGGGUGAGCAGUCGGUCUGGUACGAAGGGGACGUUGACAUUGCCUUUUCACGAGCAGCCGGAGCAGGCAACUCCUUCCGGUUUCAGUGCCAGGAGGAGCUGUGCCACUUCUGGGCCUCUGCAUAAGCUUAAAUCAUCUCAGAAGGACAAGGUCCGCCAGUUUAUGGCAUUUACUCAGACUGGUGAAAGAACUGCCAUCUACUGCUUAUCACAGAAUGAGUGGAAACUAGACGUGGCCACUGACAACUUCUUCCAAAACCCGGACUCAUUCCACAAGGAAUCCAUGAGAAACACAGUGGACAAGAAGAAGCUGGAGCAGCUGUAUAACAGGUACAAAGACCCACAAGAUGAAAAUAAAAUUGGAAUUGAUGGGAUUCAACAGUUUUGUGAUGAUUUAAGCCUCGAUCCUGCCAGUAUCAGCGUUUUGGUUAUAGCAUGGAAAUUCAGGGCAGCGACUCAAUGUGAAUUUAGCAAAAAGGAGUUUGUAGACGGCAUGACGGAGCUGGGGUGUGACAGCACAGAUAAGCUGAAAGCGCUUCUGCCAAGGCUGGAACAAGAGCUUAAGGACACAACGAAGUUUAAGGAUUUCUAUCAGUUUACUUUCACCUUUGCUAAGAACCCUGGGCAAAAAGGUUUAGAUACUGUGUUUUCAUCAGCACCGAGGCAAGACCCUCCACCAGCAAAAAGAGUGCAACUCGCGGGAGGCUCAGCUGAUAGUUAGCAUUUUUAAAGUACGUAUAUUGUUUUUUUAGACGUAGUGCUUUUGCACACUUAAUAGACUCUAGUGUAGUGUGAACAUAAAUUUUACAUGCACUGGAGAACCAAACACUUGUGCGACUCAUUUCAUUGGGACGCCUGCGUUACUGUGGUUGUCGGGAUCUGAGCCCGCGGGGCCUCCGGUGCGAGCCUGAGCUGCCGUCACAGUUCUGAUUUUGUCGUAAUGUGGCUGAUGUAUUACUGUGUGUGGUACGUUCGGAAAACUUUUACCUUAAGAUUUUAGUUUGAAUUUUUGGUUGAUAUGAGGGUUUUAUUUUGCUUAUUUCAUUUGUUUUGCCCCGGAGUACUAUAUAGUUUAUUUUUGUCUUAUCUCUUUGUAAAAAUAAAUUAGUUUUGACCUACAUUUUCUUGCCUAAUAUAAGAGAUUUAUUUACGCUUAGUGCGUUAAAAUCUCUUACAAGUUUGGAGGAGGGCUUACACAGUCUUUUUUAUAGGGAUUAAAUGGGUAUAUUAGAAAGUACAUUUUGAAGAAAAGUUCUUAUAAAUAAAAGCAAUAUUAUAAGAUGACAAAAAUUAGGUAGGAAACCUGAAAGGGGCUUGAAAAUUCACAGAUGGAAAAUCCACAGCAAGCAUCUGGAUUCAGACCCGGAUUUCACUCCUGCAUGUUUGCAGGUGUGUGUCUGCAGGGGACAUUCUCAUCCCCCUGUCUUUCUCUCUCCCAGCAACAGGUGAAAGGCAGGUACAGAUCGAGACAGCAGGCGCUCUGUCCCUACGUCAGGGCCGUGGGCAGCAGGCGCUUCUGUCCCUACGUCAGGGCCGUGGGCAGCAGGCGCUUCUGUCCCUACGUCAGGGCCGUGGGCAGCAGGCACCUCUGCCUCGGUUUGGGAUGGCAGAUAGCCGUCUUUUCCUAAGCACUGUCUCCUACUUCCAUGGCAGGGGUUGUUUUCUUCUUUUUCUGUGUUUUUCUCCAACGUUGUGGGCCGUUCACUCUGUCUGUUGCUGCAUUGCACUGUGAUGAGUCUCUCAUCAGAGUCCCCCUCUCGGGGCUGGUCCACCGUGCGAAUGGGUUCCUCGCCCUGAAUGCCACCUCACAGGUCGUGCACCUGCCACCUCAGGAGCGGAAAAAGGCCUCUACCACAAGGGACCUGUUCAGGAACUUACUUGAAUGGAUCUGCUUUUAACACUUCGGAAGGUGGACAUGGGAGAAUUCACUAGGAAAAUAGGAGCGAGGUUUUCCCUAAUCAAGGAAGCGGGUGAGCAAACAGAGGCCGUCCGUGGCGUAAAGGUGCAGCAGCAAGGUGGUUCCAACAUCACAGGACUGUGCACAUUCCCCCUUUGUCACCGGUCAGAGAGCCGAUGUCAUGGAAGGCAUUUGUGGGACCCGUGGAAGAGAUGGUUCUGACACAUUUGUGAAGAAAAGGAUUGAUUUCCUGUUUGGCCUGAUGCCAGUGAAGGAUCCGUUUUGUAACCAAGUGCACAGAGUGAGAGGAAAGGGGUGUCCACAGCAGCAGCGGGGUGACGGCUGAGCAUGCGCAGUGAGAAGAAGCAGAAGCUGUGUAUCGUCUGGUCUCACCCCGUCACAGAGACCAACACGUCAUCAACCGACUGAGAUAAGGUGGCCGAGGGGCCACUGCAGGCCCAAGCCCUGAUUUGCCCCUGGCUUCUCUGUGGCUCGGCAGGGUGUCACCUAGAGAAGAGCUUGCCAGAUGCUUCCGGAAGGACUGCAAAGAGGCAAGGCUCUGAGGCAUUGGUAGCAAGGACCUGGUUAAAUUAGAAUUCCAGAUAAUUCCAUCUGUAUUAAUGUAGAGUGAAGAGUUGGACUUGUGUUCCUGUGCUCUUGGGAAUAUUCAAAUACUUGGCACAUUUUGAAAAGAAACAACCCAUAUAGUGAGUUUAAAACUGGCGUGGAAUGAUAGUGGUCACCCCAGCAGUGCUGUCUUGGCCCUGGACACACAGGUCUCCCUCUGUGUCUUUGCUGCCAUUCAGAUGUCCAAAUGCAGUCCUGGCAGUCAGUGUGGUUUCUGUUUGUAGGUGGCGGCUUUUAUCAUCUACCUUGUUACUGGAAAGAAAGGUGGAAACCAGCCUUUGUGAAGCACAUGUGAUGUGGCCACCUGGUGCCUUUGUCUGGUUCACACAUGGCCUUACCCCCACUUUACAAACAGGGAAACCGAGGCAAAGGCACAAAAGGCCAUGUUGGAGGAAGGAGCACGGGCUGUGACCGCAGGGUUUGGAGCCCUCACUCACCGUCCCGUGUGUUCACACCUCCUCCUGGGCUGCCUGGCGUGUGGGGAGUGGAAACCAAGGCCUGGGUAUGGUGGAAGUCUGCGGAUGCAGGAAGACCGUGGCACAGCGCCAGUCCCACUGUCCCACUGUCCCUGUGGGGAGAGCUUAGAUGGUCAAAGUAGGCUCAGGUCUGUCUUGGUGCAUCCAUCCCCUCUGGCCACUGCUUGCUUGGGCACUGCCUGCCUGCGAGGGCUUUCUCCUCUGAGUUUGGCCCAUAUGCCACCUGUCCCCUCACAUUCUCGGAUCACUCCAGGAUUCACCUUUAAGUAGUCUCUGUGCCAGGCUAUUUCCUAUUCUACCCACAUCUUGUAUUUUAUAUGAUUUGAUUUUAAUUUACUUGUUUUAUACCGCGCAUAUAUAUUAAAUGAGCAAAAUAUAUUACAAUUUUAAAACUCUUAAAAUGUUCGCAGUUCUGUUUUAGCACGAAUGACUUCAUCUCAGUUUUUAGAGCAACAAACAUUGUCAAAAAAGCACAGUGAUCUCCUCCUGCAUGUUGCUUCAUCCGGUUAUAUCAGAGUUGGAGCCAGAGAGAAGUGAUGGGCGGCACCACUCCUGCACGGAGCCAGAAAAGGCUUCCUUACUCUCUGAGAGCUGCUGCAGCGUGUCCUGACUGAGGACGUGUCACCUGGUGGGUGAGCUGCAGGGCGUCCUGACUAGCAUGUGUUACCUGGUGGUCAGGCCCAGUGAUAAGCCAGAUUUCAAGGCUCGAGUGUCAGUCUAGUUAGAAGAUGGUGUGACUAUGGUCAGAGUAACAAUAGCAGUGAGUUGUUAAGAGCAUUGUCUUGCCUCGUAUGUGGUGCUAUUAUGAAGACAUCAGCCUAUGAACUUUGUUGUCACAGUGACAAAAUGGAUAAUCAGGAGACCAGGUGCCAAGUUCAGCUCCUGACUUCCCUGCUUUGCCCCCACCUAAAAAUAACUUCCUUUGCACUCCGUAGGCCCAGCUACCUGAUGACACCUUCAAUCUCAGCUUUAUUUUUUGAAUCUGAUCUAUUGUAGCUCCGUUCUUUUCACCUGCAAAGAUGAGUCCUCUUUAGGAAUCUUAUCAGUGCCUGGAGGAAGCAUGCCUUUUUUUUCUAGUUUGUGAAGGA